AUGGUUCACGCCGCAACUCUUCCUAACAACGCUCCCAAGUCAUACGACUUCAUCGUUCUCGGCGGUGGAGCCGCUGGCUGCACCAUUGCCGGUCGCUUGGCUGAGAACCCCAAGGUCUCUGUGCUCCUCGUCGAAGCUGGUGUUCACAACCCCUCGGAGAUUCCCCAGAUCAUGACCCCCGCCAAGGCAAUGUCCCUUCGUGGCUCCCCUUACGACUGGAAAUUCAAGACCACUAUGAUUGACCGUCCCAACUACACUCGUAUUGAGUGCCCCAACACUCGUGGCAAGGUCCUCGGUGGCUCCACGGCCCUCAACUACUACACCUGGGUCCGUGGCUCCGCCGCCACGUUCGAUGACUGGGCCGAGUACGGCGGCACCACUUGGAACUGGGACAACACCAAGGACUACUUCAACAAGUCCCCCACGUUUAACGACCCCGAUGGUCUUUACCCUGAGCUUCACCACAUUGGCAACAAGGGAGGUCCUCUCCCCGUCUCCAUUGCCCCCCUCAUGCCGGAGACCAAGGGUUUCCGUGACAACCUUGAGAAGGCGUGGGUCAGCAAGGGCGGUGAGCUCACCCUCAACGUCUACGACGGAGUUCAGAAGGGCCUGUUCAAGUGCGUGAGCACUGUCAACGACGGUCUCCGCUCCACUUCAGCCGUCUUCCUGGAGGGCAAACAGAACGUCACCAUCGUCUCGGAGACUAUCACGAAGAACAUCAUCUUCCACGGCCAGACCGCAGUCGGAGUCAAUGUCAUCGGCCCCGACCUCCAAGAGUAUACGUUCCGUGCCAACCGCGAGGUUAUCCUCACCCAGGGCGUUUAUGAGUCUGCCAAGAUGCUCCAACUGUCUGGUAUUGGCAACAAGGCUGAGCUUGAGGCUCUCAGCAUUCAGUGCGUUGUCGACUCCAAGCACGUGGGCGAGAACCUUCUCGACCACCCCAUCUUCUCGCAUGUUUUCAAGCUCAAGGACGGUUAUGGUCUUGACGACCACCUGCUCCGCCCUGGAAAGCUCCAGGACGGAGUCGUCGCCCAGUACAACAAGAACCGCUCUGGACCCCUCGGCAGUGGCCUCCUGGAGCUGGUUGCUUUCCCGCGUGUUGACGAGCUUCUCAAGAACAACAAGGAGUACAACGAGUACAAGCAGCAGAACGGUGGCAAGGACCCCUUCGGUCCUGAUGGUCAGCCCCACUUUGAGGUCGACUUUGUCCCAUGCUUCGCCGACGCCUUCCAGUGGCAUUUCCCUACUCCCACUACGGGCCAGUAUCUCACCGUUAUUGUGGACCUGAUGCGUCCCAUUUCCGUCAACGGCAUCGUCAAGGUCAAGUCGGUCAACCCUUUCGAGCAGCCCUACAUCAACAUCAACUUCUUCGAGCACCAGCUUGACCUUGUCGCCCUCCGUGAAGGUGUCCGCUACAUUGACGACAUUGUCAUGAACGGCGAGGGCAUGAAGGACAUCAUCGAGGGCGACUACCCCUGGCCUCUCGACCGCUCGUCGAACGAGACUUUGGACCGCGAGAUCUUGGAGCGUUCCCAGACCGGUUUCCACCCUUGUGGUACCGCCCGCAUUGGCAAGACCAUUCACCAGGGUGUCGUUGACCCCGAGCUCCGCGUCCACGGUGUCAAGAACCUCCGCGUCAUGGACGCCUCAGUCUUCCCCAUCAUUCCGGACUGUCGCAUUCAGAACGUCGUCUACAUGGUGGCCGAGAAGGGUUCAGACUUCAUCAAGGCCGCUCAUCCCGACCUCUACCCCAACCACUAA